AUGUCCGCAAUCCAGAAGAACGUGGAGGCGGCGUCGGUGAAGUACUCGUCGCGCUUCACCAAGGGUCACCUUGCGCUGCCGCCGGCGAAGAAAUACCUCGUCUUGACCUGCAUGGACGCGAGAAUCGAUCCGGCUCAGGCGUUUGGUAUUGAACUGGGCGAUGCCCACGUCAUUCGCAAUGCAGGAGCAUCGGCGCAGGAUGCGCUUCGUAGCAUCGUCAUCUCAGAGCAGCUGCUUGGAACCCAGGAGAUCGUGCUCGUCAAGCACACUGGCUGCGGCAUGUUGACCUUCACUAAUGAAGAUGCGUACGGCCUCGUCGAUAAGAACCUUGGUCCUGACGCAUCUGCCGAGCUGAAAUCUCGCGGGUUGGAUUUUCUGCCGUUCAAAGACUUGGAAAAGGCUGUCGAGGCCGAUGUGAAGUAUAUCAAAGAUACGAAGCUCAUUCCUGAUACUGUGAGCGUCAGCGGGUGGGUGUAUGAAGUCGAAAGUGGGAAGACACGUCGUGUUGUCUAG